AUGAUCUUCAACUCUAAGCUUCCUCUCCCCCCUGUCCCCUCGUGCGACGCCUUCAACUAUAUCUUCCAUGUCGGUCGCAGGGAUUACCCCGCCGAUCGCGUUCUAUACCGCGUCGAUGGUUCCGAUGAGACCUUAACACUGGGAGGUCUUGAGCGGAAGAGCAGGCAAUUUGCCGAUGCUAUUCGCGAAUACUACGACAUCGAACCCAAUGAUGUUGUGGCCAUUCUUGCUAAGGACAAGAUCAACUAUCCCAUCGCCUACUACGGCGCCCUCGCAGCCGGUGCUGUGGUUGCACCCAUUCCCGUGCAGAAGGAGAUGUCCGAAACAGAUAUCGCCGCCCGUCUCGAACAAUCCAAAGCCAAGCUGCUCAUCACGGACUCUGAACUGCUCGUCCUUGCCGAAGUAUCAGCUAUGCUUGCUGGCUGCGUCUCAGUCAUGACCCUGGAUGCCAACGACCAAGAAUGGCCUUCCGUCGACUCCCUCCUCCCCAUGGGCAACCCUGACGCCCGCGUUUUCGAACUCAAGACUCCCGAAGAAGUGGACGAGCACAACGCCUUCAUCAACCGCACCAGCGGCUCAACCGGUUCCAUGAAGUCGGUCCUCACUAGCCACGCCCACUACAUCUCCACCAUGGAGGCUACAGUCGGCACCAUCCCCGCCGAUACCGACCCGGAUCGCGAUGUCUGGGUGUCUCCUCUCUCUUUGGGCUUUUUCAUCAACGCUAAGCUCCACAUGGGAUUGAACAUUCUCCUUGGAAUCCCCGUAGUACUCAUGAAGAACACUCUCGACGAGACCACCGUUGAUGUUGUCGCCCGCCACCACAUCACUUUCCUCUUCAUCACGCCACCCAUCGCCGCUCGUCUCGCCCGCGCCGAUCUCUGCACUACCGAUGUUUCCAGCGUCAAGUGGCUCCUGACUGCCGGUGCCCCCAUGCAUGAGAACCUCCGCAACGCAGUGUCGCGCCAAUUCGGCGGCGUACAUCUCACACUCGAAUGGGCCACCUCCGAGACCAUGCUCCUCGCCAUGCAAACAGACGAGUCCUCCAAGCAGCCCGGCUCCAGCGGCACACUAGUCAACGGCAUCCAAGCCAAGGUGAUCAACACCGAAACCGGCCACGAGUGCGGCUACGGCGAAGAAGGCGAGAUCCUCGUACGCAGCGCCAUCGCCCGGUUCAAGGGCUACAAGGACAACGAGGUCGCCAACCGCGACUUCGACUCCGAGGGCUGGUUCCACACUGGCGACUACGGCUACCUGGACCAGGACUGCAACGUCUACAUCGUGGACCGCAUCAAGGAGCUCCUAAAGGUCGGCGAGGGCUACGGAUCGCACGUCUCCGCCGCAGAGAUCGAAUCCGUCCUCUUCGAACACCCCGCCGUCUCCAGCGUCGUCGUCGUCGGCAUCCGCAACACCGAGAUCCAAGUCGACGAGCCGACCGCCUUCAUCAUCCUUAAGCCCGAAUACCGCAGCAAGACCGCCCAAGUCUCCCGCGCCAUCGAAAGAUACGCCGACUCCAAGCUCACCGGCCUCCGCCGCUUGACUGGCGGCGUCCACUGCGUAUCCAGCUACCCCACCACCGGGUUCAAGAUUAACCGGAGAGCCCUGAAGUCGAUGGCUGUGCCGAAGAAGCCAAAUAUGUCCGUCGUGCAGUCGUACCUGCGGCCGGCUAUGUCCGCUAUCUCGAAUAUUCGGAUAGUUUGA